UGGAUGCGUGUGCGCGCAGACGGAGGAUCGCCGAGCCGAGCCGUACCGUGCAGCAGGCACAAGCCGCUAGGCGCGCAGGAGAAGCCGCAAAAAAUUACAGCAGCCGCUACUUGAAACUGCGAGGAGAGACAGAGGGAGCGUCGGAACUUCAGUGUCCACGAAGCCAGAGAUCCAAAAUGGGAGGCAAGCUCAGCAAAAAGAAGAAGGGAUACAAUGUAAACGAUGAGAAGGCCAAAGACAAGGAUGCCAAAGCAGAGGGGGCCUCUGCUGAGGAGAGCGAAGCACCGAAGGACAACAAAGAUGAGGCCCAGGCUGCCACUGAUGCUAAGGAGGUAGCGAACGACACAGCGGCCAAGGAGGCGCCGGCGGCAGACGCCGCAGCGCCCAAGGAGGAGGAGAAGAAUGCGGCUCCCGCCGCAAAGGAGCCCGAGAAACCUGCCGCCAACGCUGAGCCGAAAACGGAUGCGCCCAAGAGCGCAGAGCCCGCCAAGGCCGAGGAGAAACCAGCUGCCCCCGCCCCGGCCAAAGAGUCCGCCCCUGCCGCCAAGGAACCCGAGGCCAAGGCCGCGGCGCCCGCCCCGGCGGCCGAGAGCAAAGAUGAGGCCGACGCCAAAAAGACUGAGGCCCCCGCGGCACCAGCAGCCAAAGCAGAGGCGGCCCCUGCUGCCUCCCCUGACCCCAAGCCCACAGAGGCAGCGGCGGCGGCGGCUCCAGCACCAGCAAAGGAGGCCGCUGCUGCACCUAGUUCAACACCAGCCGCCGAACCUCCCGCCAAGGAGGCGAACGCCACAGAGGCACCAAGCAAGGAUCAAACCGUAGCAGUUCAAGAUUAAUGGACAGCUUCUUUUCGGAAAUGAAAAAAAUAAAGUACCUAAUUCAACGACGAAGAAGAUAAAAAAAUGAAAAUGAAAUUAACUAGCCCACCCAUAUUAUGAUAAUAACAAUAAUAAUAAUAAUUGUAAUGAUGAUGAUUUGUUGAAUGAGGAGGACUGGAGCAACCACCUGGAGAAGUUUCCCACCGCUGCAGAUGAUUAUUGCUAUUAUUAUUGUUAUGUUUUAUUCUAUUUUUUUCUGCUGUAGUAUUUGAACUUUGAUACGAGUCUGUGUCGGCCAUUCGCUUCACCAUUCCACACCCAUCAUCCCUCUCCCUCAUAUGGUCAUGAGGUUAAACCUGACUCCCAUCUGGGCCCACAGAGGGCCCGCACUCAUACACUCACCUGCACCCCUCUGCUCUGUGGAUGUCACUAGAUCUAAAUUUGGGGAAAUGGUUCUGAGGGAAGGAGGUGGAGGGUUUAACAAAUCACUUUUACCAGCUGGACCUCCACUGAACCCAUCCACCCCUCAGCCCCCCCCCCCCCCCUCCCCCUCCACUCAUCCUCCUCCUCAGAGUGUCGUGUUGUCGGCUUUGGCCUGGUACCUCUAGCUUUCUGGUGCCGUGGAGUUGUGGUAGUGUCCUUUUUCUUUUUUAACCCAUCUUCCCCCACCCCCAGCUUUUUUGGUGUUGUUGGGUUGUGUUGCCGCCCAUUUUCCUCUUGGGGUUAAACACCACUCUACAAAAGGAGGAGGUUAAGUUUAUCGUGAGGACUGAGGAUGUUCAGGCUUUCUAGGACAUUCUGGAGGCGGGCUUUGCAGAGUGAAACACAUUCUUAGACAUAAAACAGUCAUAGGAAUUUUUCAGAUAAGGUUCUAGAUUUUGUACUGAAACCCUUAGGUAUAUUAUAAGUGAACUAAGUGGUUUUUUAACAUUUGUAAUAUGCUUAUAAAAAUCUGCAAAGCCGCGCUGAAAAGACGUCCACGAUGUUCUUAGAAAGACAGAAAUCUCUGAUCCUAACUUCCAAAUCUGAAGAAAAAUUCUCACAGAUGAUAUGAUUUGUUUUUGAAAGACAUCACCGCUGACCUGGGUGAAACGGGCUUCGCAGUCAUGACACAGAGAUAGUUUGAGCUUGCUUAGAAGACCAAAAAGGUGACGUUUACUCCUUCAACAAAAAAACACAAGAAAAGAUGUACUUACGUCCUGCAUUCGAUUUAAAUCAAGGAUUAACAGCAACAUAUAUUUAUAUAUUUAAAUCAGCCCCAAAAUGCCAAUUUGGAAUUGAAUUUGAGAAAUAGUAAUAAUUAAUAGAAAUUUGAAAUAAUGAAAUUAUCAGAAUGAUUUGGAGAUUUUUUUGUUUCCAGAUGAGUUUACGCAUCAUAUGCUCAUAUAUAGAAAAAUUCUGCAACCUUUUUCUAUAUGUUUUGAGCAACAACUCCUCCAACCUGAACAACCACACAGGUUGUUUUUUCAUCCCUCUGAUACGAUUCAUAGGAGUGUCUCCUGAAAUAGCGCCCCUACGGCGGCAAGCGUACCGGACCUUGGUUGUCAUGGUUACAAUAAUAAACACACAGACUUGUACUUGAGAGCGUUGCACCUACCUUCAUCGCCACGGUUACUAUAAUAACGGUCAUGGUUUGGUUCGGUUUAGGGAAAAGAUCGUGAUUUGGGUUGAAAUAAGUUCUUCCUCAACUUCCUUUAUCUCUGAAAGAUCAUCACACUUUUCCCUCAUUAUUACUACGACCACUAGAUGUCGCCUAGCGACAAAACGUAACUAACCCAUAGUUACGUUUUGUAAUAACCUAAUGCGCAGACGACCUAUGAGCUUGUUUUUUUUUUUACAGGAUGUGAUAAAUCUAAUCAAACUAUUUUAAUAGAACAUUUGUUAUUGACGCUGUCCUGUGGAGUGAACUUCACCAGUUUGGUGUCUAAGCAGGUGGAAUCAGCCCAGACGAGAUGAUUUGCAGGCGGUGUUUGACCCGGGUCUGUUUCAGUGGGACUCUCAAGUUUUUAGCAGCCUGAUCCCUCUCAGGACAGGACACCACCCCAUCUACUUUGGUCCAUGUUUCUGUGGCAAACGUACGCCAUGCUCUCAUUGUGGGAUGGAAAAGCCUUGCACAUGAAAGGGAGGGCCUCUGAUUUUGUCAUUUUCCAUGCCUAAUGCAUUUUCGUUUGCUUUUCAGGAAUAUAUAUGACAUAUGUACGUAUAUGCAGCGGUGGAAGAAAAAGGAAAGAAAGAAAGAAAGAAAGAAAGGAAUGGGAUCUUUAGAAACAAGGAAAGAGGGAAGGAGAGAAGGAAAAAAGAAGUAAACAAGAAAGGAAAGGAAAUAAGGGAAGACUGAAGGACAGGAAACAACAGUGAUAUUUUAUGAUCUUAUCUUGUGAUGAAUGGACAAUCUGAAUUUGAAAGAGUUUGACACUAAAAAGUGGAGUAAGGUAGCAGCAACUACAGAGCUUUAGUGACUGUACUUUCAUACCUUCCACAUCUGCAUACAUGUAGGUAUAUGUCUAUAUAUUUACUCAUCUCAGCCAUCAUACAUCUGCCAGCUUUUCAGUUUGGUCCAGGUGACACACAGCGUUUCCCUCCCAGCACUUGUCAAACUGUAGCAGAAACAAACACUCGAGGGGGGGGGCGGGCGUCGUGUGUCACUUGGUUUUGGUUUUUUCUUCCUCUCUUGACUCAGUAAAUUGCAUGUCCGUGGUUGGGUGAACCUGUAGUCCUGUCUUUUUGGUCAAGUGGAAAAAAAAAUAAAAAAAAUGAUUUCUCAGUCUGCAUCCAUGGCAACUACAGUUGAUAUUUUCAUCCCAUGUUUUCACCACUGCUAUUUCCACACCACACGUUCAUUCAAACUAACAAAAAGAUGAUAUGGAAAUUGAUGCAUUCAAAAUUAUAUGUACUUGUAUAAAUGGUGCAACAGUAAUAAAAUGUAAGAAAUUGACUGAAACUUGA